ACCAUCAGAAUACGAGUUACAGGGCUGGUCAGUGUGUGUAUGACGGCGCAUGCGCAGACAGAGAGGCUCUGUGAGAAUGUAAAAGAAAGGGCUUUGCUUCUAGUUUAUAUUUAAGUUUCCUGCACUUUCAGCUUAGACAUGGACCUGGAGACGGUGCUGGGAAGAGUGAGGCCGGGGAAGCAUGAGGAGACUGAAUCAGCUCUGAAGGAAUACAAUGACCAGAAUCGCACCAUGUUUCAGUUUGAUCCAGCUGACGAAGAAAAGAGAAAGAAACUAUGUGAAGCCCUUUUCGAAGUCCUGGAUAAAGGAGCGAGCACGUCCUGUCAGAUGACAUGCUUGGAAGCUCUCCGCAUCCUCUCCAGAGAUAAGAAGGUUUUAGCUCCAGUGACCACAAGGGAAAAUAUGGAAAUCCUGAUGAAAAAGGCCAAGCUGGAUCCUGAAGUGAAAACUCUGGGGGACGUCGCUGACUUCCCGGUCGUUGUUGAGGCGUUAAAGUGUUUGUGCAAUAUCGUCUUCAAUAGUCCUACUGCGCAGAAGCUGAGUCUGGACCUGAACUUUGCUGCCGGGCUUUGCAGGCUAUUGGAAAAGUGCAUGGACGGACGCGCAGUCAAUGACAUUCGCUGCUUCGAUCUGCGGCUGCUCUUUCUGCUUACACUUUUGCACACAGACAUUAGGGCUCAGUUAAAACAAGAACUGCAAGGACUGCCCCUACUUACAAAGACCCUGGAAAGUAUCCUGAGUGUUCAGUGGGCAGGGAAAUACCAGGCUGUUGCUGAAGUGAGUGCCCCCGCGCUGUCAGUGCAGGAGACGGACUGCACCAUCGAGGCUUUAAAAGCGCUCUUUAAUGUGACACUGGACAGCUGGAACGUCCAUAGUGAGAGUGACGCUCAUCAGUUCCGCCACCUGGCUGCCAUUUUACGCCAUAUUUUACUUUCCCGGGGUCCAUCUGAAGAUAAAACAGAGGAGCUGCACAGCAAUACCAUCAAUCUGUUGAGCAACGUCCCUGUUUCUUGCCUGGAUGUCCUCAUAUGCCCUUCUGGCAAAGAAAUGUCUGCCAAUAACAAUGAGCCAGAUAUGGAGGCUAUCCAACUCAUCCUGGAUUUCAUGGAGAAGAGGAUCGACAAGGGAUGCAGCUAUAGAGAAGGCCUUACUCCUGUCCUCAGCUUACUCACAGAAUGUUCCAGAACUCACAGACCCAUCCGGAAAUACAUCAAAGCGGAGGUUCUCCCACCACUGAGGGAUGUCUCAAACCGGCCAGAAGUGGGGACAACCGUAAGAAACAAACUGGUGCGAUUGAUGACCCAUGUGGAUUUAGGGGUCAAGCAAAUUGCUGCUGAAUUUCUAUUUGUUCUGUGCAAAGAAAGAGUGGAUAACCUACUGAAAUAUACGGGCUAUGGAAAUGCUGCUGGGCUUCUUGCUGCGAGAGGUCUCCUGGCCGGUGGGAGAGGCGAUCGCUGGUAUUCUGAUGAUGAGGAUACAGACACUGAGGAAUAUAUAAAGGCAAAACCAAACAUAAAUCUGAUAACGGGUCAUGUGGAAGAACCAUUGCCAAAUCCUAUGGAUGAAAUGACAGAGGAGCAGAAGGAAUAUGAGGCAAUGAAACUCGUCAACAUGUUUGACAAACUUUCCAGAGAAGAUAUUAUUAAACCGAUGGGAGUGAAACCCGAUGGGACGAUGGCUCCGCUGGAAGAAGCCGUACACUAUACACAGAUUGCCGAGGCAGACAGUUCAGAUUCAGACUAGACCUUCGCCUGCUGUUUUAUUUUAUUUUUAUUUUUUUCUUACAGUGAGAGAUUGCUAUUUAUACUCUUGAUAUGUCCAAAUUAAAAAAAAUAUUAAAUUAUGAUUGUUACAGUCCAGUGACCCUGGAAAAAAAAAGUCCUUAAAGGCUAUGACCACCUUUGGGGGCAAUUUUUUUGAGAUUACAUUUUACUAAUUUUGGGCUAAUAAUCAUUUUUCAGUUAGCCUUUGUGAAAACUUUGCUUGUUCAUCGGGUGAUUGGUGGCACAUACAGGACGAUUAUUGGUGCGUCUAAAUACACUUUUAACAGUUUAUAGACAAUUAUUAUGUCAUAUUCCUAUCAGUAAGUUAAGCAUUCAUUAUAGCUCAAUUCUUAUGAGUCAAGAGAUCAGAGAUAAGUAGCUGUCAACAGUAUAAACACCAGAGCCCAGCACUAGAGAAUCUCAAGGCUGUACAGAGAAAGGGGCUAAAAAUGUAAAAGACAAAUUGAAAAAAAA